AUGUGGAUCCCGUAUUGGUGCCAGUCCCACAGAGUGAAGUGGCUGAGGGGGCAUUUGAGAGGAAGCAAACUGCUAAUUUUGGUGCUGUGCUUGAACUUCCCGUCGGAAGUGGAAUCCUGCCCGGGGGCUUGCGUAUGCUACAGCGAACCCAAGAUCACUAUCAGCUGUCAACAGCAAGGACUUGGAGCCGUCCCCACCGAGAUCCCCAUCCAGACCCAGCGCAUCUUCCUCCACAGCAACAAGAUCACCGUGAUCCGUUCCACCAGCUUCACCUCCUGCCGGAACAUGUCCAUUCUCUGGAUCCAUUCCAACAACAUCAGUCUGAUCGAACCCGGGGCUUUCUACGGGCUCGACAAGCUGGAGGAGCUGGACCUCAGCGACAACACAAUCCUGAGGUCCAUCAACCCUUCCACCUUCCAAGGCCUUGUCCACCUCCAUACCUUGCACCUCGACCGUUGUGGCCUCCUGGAGCUCUCCACGGGGCUCUUCCGGGGGCUAUUCUCUCUGCAGUACCUCUACCUGCAGGACAACAGCCUGCAGAACCUCCUGGAUGACACCUUUCUGGAUCUUGCUAACCUCACCUAUCUGUUUUUGCACGGGAACAGAAUAAAGAGUUUGUCAGAAAACGUGUUCCGGGGGUUGAUCAACCUGGAUCGGCUCCUCUUGCAUCAGAACCGGGUGAGUGUGAUCCACCGUAGGGCUUUCCACGACCUGGGCAAAGUGAUGACCUUGUACCUUUUUAAUAACAACCUGACGGUGCUGACGGGAGAGACGAUGGCUCCCUUGGUCUCCCUCCAGUACCUCCGCUUGAACGGCAACCAGUGGGUUUGCGACUGCCAAGCCCGGUCACUCUGGGAUUGGUUCAAGCAGUUCAAAGGGUCUUCAUCGGAACUCGAGUGCCACCUGCCCACUCACCUGGCAGGGAGGGACCUCAAACGGCUGCAGAGCGCCGACCUGGAGGGAUGCGUCGACUCUUUCAACCAGAUCAGAACGAGCGUCUUUAGCACUAAGACCAGGACUGGCAAAUUGCCAACCGCCGACCCUCCACUAAGCCCCCACGAUGGCGGGCAGAAAUGCUGCCAGCCGGAGAUGGACAAGUCUUUUAUUUAUGAAGCCAAAGCCAAGGCAGGCCCAUCUUCCCACAGCAGCCGGGCCUCCUCCAACAAUCCCCUCAAGGAUAAGGAAAACAUCGCCAAAACUAAGCCCCAGGUGGAGACAGACCCCUCCAAAAACAGCAGCAACAAACAGAUCAACGACUCCCCGUUUGGGACCUUUCCAAGUGCAGUGGACCCUCCACUGACCAAUUUGAAACCUGAGUUCCUAGGCCCCAUCGAACCUUCGACAGUCCCAACCAAAAAGAGGCAGGGGUGUUCGAAAAAGAACAAGUCUAGGUCACAGUGUCGCAUGACGGCUCAGCCCACGCAAAGUACCACCUCACGGCUAAUCCCGAGCCUAUCGAUCUCUCUGUUGGUGUGGAGUCUAUUCUGGUCCUGUUGAAAUGACAACAAGAUC